UAUUCGUCCCUAUAUACAACCAUAUACUCUCUUGCUAUUUAACUCUUUUUCUUCUGCUUCCUCUGUCUUUAAUUCCCAGGUUUCUUUUGCUUCUCUUCAACUUUUGAGAGCACCAUGGUGGACCCUUUUGCUCCUGGAGGUGACCUCUUCAGCCUCGCCGAGUCUCGGUACCAAGUGGACUGUGGCAUUCAAAUUGACAAGAAAUUGCUGAUUGAUCCGAAGCAUCUUACGUUUGAGACUAGGAUUGCUGCUGGUGUCUACUCCGUUGUUUACAAGGGAAUGUAUAAAUCUAAGCCUGCUGCAAUCAAAAUAGUACUGCCAGUGGAUUCCCCAGCACGUACUACUACAUGGCAAGAGAGAUUUGUGAGAGAGGUCACAUUGCAUUCAAAAGCAAGACAUGAAAAUAUUGUGAAGUUCAUUGGCACCUCUCUUGAACCAACCCUGAUGAUUAUCACAGAGUUUAUGAGAGGUGGUACACUCCAGAAGUACUUGAUGAACAUGUACCCAAAUUGUCUAGAUCUGGAGUUGGCGGCACGUUUUGCACUGGAGAUCUCUCGAGCAAUGACUUAUUUGCAUGCAAAAGGCAUUAUUCACCGCGACUUAAAGCCCCAAAAUCUGCUUCUAUCAGAAGACCAGAAUAUGGUCAAGAUAACUGACUUUGGGUUAGCUAGGGAGGAGAUAAUUGGUGAUAUGUCUACUGAAGCUGGUACUUACCGCUGGAUGGCUCCUGAGAUGUUUAACGUGUUUGGUGAGAGCAAUACGAAAAGAUACGAUCACAAGGUGGAUGUUUACAGCUUCUCAAUGGUUCUGUGGGAGCUGCUGACAAGUAAAAUUCCAUAUAAAGGAAGGAACUCCAUGAUAGCAGCAUAUGCUGUUGUAACUCAAAACAUGAGGCCCAGCACUGAUGACAUUCCAAAGGAGAUGGUACCCCUCUUGGUGUCCUGUUGGGCAGAAGACCCUGCGGAUCGGCCUGAAUUCAUUGAAAUCAAAUACUUCCUUGAGAACUUCAUACACUACUUGUGCACACCAGAUAUGUCACCACCUAGAAUGAUCAAGAUCGGACAUGCCAAUGAAGUCUCUGCCACUGGGGAGUGUCCAUGUACUAGUCAUCUAAAGCAGAAAGCUAAAGGAGUCUGUGCUAAGCCAAGUUCUGCAGCUAGCCGUUUCUUCAGAUGCUUUCGUUCUUGUUUCUGAUAGAUCCGUAGGUCCAAGGUUGGAUACUUUUUGGAGAGUGUUCAGAAACAUCUAGGAUAGUUCCUUUACUUCUUUUUUUUUUCCUGAUAUCAUACACACACAAAAAACACAAAAGACGGCACACACACAUGGAACAUGGUUUAAAGGCGCAUGCAUGAGAAAGAUAUUGAUUUUACCAUUACAGCAUUGUGCAGUAUCUUCUAAUGUUCUCCUUUUCAUCAUCACCUUGAUUGCAGAUAUACAUAGGAUGUUGAAUAGAAAUUUCAAAUCCAAACUAACAUGCUCAAUUUUGUGAAGGAAGUUAAAACACACUUCUCAUUA